AUGCGGCAAAAACUGGAGGAAUGAGUCAUUUACCGCAAUUCUUCCAUUUUUCAAAAAUUUUAUCCUAUGAUGAGAAAGGUGCAAACAAAGAAAACAUUGACAAAAUUGUAAGAGAAUUCGAGGAAAACUUCCUUGUUUGGCAAACGGACUUUUGGCAUUGUCAUUGGGCGGAACAAGGUGAUAAUUUGACACUUGAUAAGUGGUACAGAAAGUAUAAAGACUUUAUGUUGAUGACCACAAAAAAUCAAAACGAGUAUAAACAGGAUAUAAAUUUAGAGGAAAGAUCUUUAAAGGAAGAAGAAGAGAACUCUUCAAUAAAUGCGGAAUCAUGGAAUAAUUUAUGGCAUAAACAUCAAGAGGAAAUCUAUGCCAAUCACUUCCUAGCUUUCACUUCAAUAUUUUAUCAAUAUUAUUUGGAUUUAAAAUACGGCUUGGAAACCUCAAUAGAACCUAAAAUAAUCGUAGAAGAUUUUGAAUUACAUUCAGACCUAGAAACUGUAGAAGAACUAAGCAAAGAACUGGAACAGUUGCAAUUACUAGGGCUACCGAUAGCUUUUGGACCGCCCAAACAAGCAAGCAAACGAAAAGCGAAAACUAAAGCGACGCCAGAGAUUAUUGAGUCUAUAUCCGACACAGGAAGCGAAAGUGGAGAAAUGGUUAAUAAUGAUUUGGAUUCAAGUCUGCAUGAAAUUCACGAGAAAACCAUUUCAAAAAGUAAAAAGAAAAAUCGUUCAUUACGUCAUGUACCUGAAUUUAUGGUAAAGGAGAAAGGUUUACUGAAAUAUUGGCGUCGGCGAUUUUCUUUGUUUUCCCGCUUCGAUGAAGGCAUACGAUUGGAUCGUGAAAGCUGGUUUUCAGUAACCCCUGAAAAAGUGGCUUUCCAUCUAGCUCAGCGGCUUCGUUGCGAUGUUCUAAUUGAUGGCUUCUGUGGUUGCGGUGGUAAUGCCAUACAGUUUGCUUUCACUUGCCAUAAAGUUAUCGCCGUUGAUAUUGAUGCGGAUAAAUUGGCUAUGGCUAAACAUAAUGCUUCCAUUUAUGGCGUAGGACACAAAAUUGAGUUCAUAUUAGGCGACUUUCUUCAUAUGGCUGCUCAUAAUCGUUUAAAAGGCGACGUUGUGUUCUUGAGUCCUCCUUGGGGUGGCCCGAAAUACAAGCAACGCAAAAGCUACGACAUUGAAGAAUAUCUACUGCCUGUAUCGGCCUCCGAAUUAAUUGAAAAAUCCAGUUUAAUCUCAGAGAAUAUAGCUAUUUUUCUGCCUCGCAAUGCCCACAUGCAACAAAUUAUUAAACUAGCCGGACCAGGUAACCAAUGUGAAAUUGAACAUAACUAUUUGGAUUCACGCUUGGUGGCUUUAACCGCUUUAUAUGGGGAACGAUUAGUAAAGAAAGCUUAGUUUCUUCCAAUUUGUUUCUGUAAUAAUCGAUAAGCGAAUUAUUCUUUCUUUUCUUUAAAUAAGUUCAAUAUAAGUUACAAAGCGAGUAACACC